GUUGCUAUGGAUAGCAUAUAUAUAUAGGACGCGCUAAUAAUCGUCACCAUUUCUCACUUGUACUGGGAGAGAGACGUACUAGUCACACAGAGAAAGUGCUAGCUAACGGCUAUACAACCAACAACUGAGAAGAAAAUCAGAAAGUACCAGCGACUGACCUCAGUUCAGUUCAUUGACAUGGAAAAGCCAAACAACAAGAGGAAGAGGGAGCAGGACAGCAGCCCCGGAGCCAUCAAGGGGCUUCCAGAAAAAAGAUCCUGUGACAACAUUGUUGCCCUGCCGGAGCGGAGCUCCAGCCCCCAGCCAUCCACCUCUGGCUCACAGGUUUACCCUGUUGAGACAGAGAGGAGCUCCAGCCCCCAGCCAUCCACCUCUGGCUUACAGGUUUACCCUGUUGAGACAGAGAGGAGCUCCAGCCCCCAGCCAUCCACCCCUGGAUCACAGCGUGGAGGGCAGGAUGAUGCCCAGCAGGAGCUGAACCUUGGCCAUCCAGAGAGGAGCUCCAGCCCUCAGCCGUCUACCUCUGUCCGACAGCGUGGGAGGAGGAGGAGGACAACGAGGAGGAGGAGGAGGAGGAGGAGGAGAGGAGAAGGCAGGACAGAGGAGAGCGAGGAGCAGGCGAGACUCUGGGAACUCCACGAGGGAUCCAUCAGUGUGGAGGUUUUGGUGAGUGGUCUCCAGCCUAUCGUGCACAUGCCUCCUUGGUAUCUACCUGCUACCAGGGAACGAGUCCUAUCAUAUGUAGGGCAAUGGUGGAUGGAGUCUCCAUACUGUUGGGAGAUGUAAGAUCCCCCACAGGUAAAGGGCUGUGCCUUCCUGACCAUCAGGUAUAGUAUAUUUAUGGGGAAUUCCCCCACCUCACAUAUGUUUCUAAAUCUUUCUUUCAACUCUUUCCUUUCCUCCUUUGAAAAUCUGAGCAAAAAAAAAAAAAAAAUAAGCAACAAAAAAUCCUCUAUUCUGUAGAAAAAGAUAUAGAUAAGCUGUGAUAAGUUUAGGAUAUAGAUAAGUUGUGAUAAGCUUAGGAUAUAGAUAACAUUGGAUAAGUAUAGGAUAUAGAUUAGUUAUGAUAAGUUUAGGAUAUAGAUUAGUUAUGAUAAGUUUAGGAUAUAGAUACGAUUUGAUAAGUGUAGGAUAUAGAUUAGUGUUCACAAAUUUAGGAAAUAGAUAGACCGUCAUAAGUUUAGGAUAUUGAUAAGUUUUGAUAAGUUUAGGAUAUAGAUAAGUUGUGAUAAGCUUAGGAUAUAGAUAAAUAAAUAUUUGUAUAUAGAUGACUACUGAUAAGAUUUUUUCAUUCCCUUUUUGAAAAAAAAAAACAAAAAAAAAUGUUUUUAUAGCUGAGGUAUUGAUAAGUUUAGGAUGUAAGUUAGGAUUUAGAUAAUACCGUAAGUAAGAAUUAAAUUUGAAAAUAAUAGAAGAAGUAAAGGGCUUAAACACUGUACUUUUGGAAAGGUUCUCUUCAAAUUCUUUUUUCUUGCAUUGUUUAGGUUAUUAUAAUGAUUCAAGAACAAGAGACAGAAAUUAUUCUUCCAUUGUUGUUGUUUAUAAUGCCAAUUUGAUUCAUUUAUACCUCAGUAUUAAAACUAGUGAGCAGUUGAAUUUAAAAGCAUAGUUUUAAAAG